ACCGCUGGCAACCAUGGGCAAAACGGGCACUCUGAAAAUCCAGUCGAAGGGCGGCGGGCGUGCCGACGGGCUGCGGAGUCUGCUGCGGUCGUCCGGCUACAGUUUGUACGUGCUGCUGCUGCUGGUGCUCGCCUUCCUGCUGAACCAGCUGGACCGCUACAUGCUAGCCAUCGUAGCGCGCCCGACCGCACAGGACAUCGGAUUCGGAGAUCGCGGCUGCCUGCUGGACGAUGCCGUCAGCUCGCAUCUGUCGGAAACGGACUGCUCCAACUGCACCACCAACGCCACCUGCGCGCUUCGGAAGGACGCGGACGGCGUGCAAGGCUGCAAGUGGGACUACACGGGCACCGGCACGCAGUACGACCUGCUGGCAGGCCCCGUCUUCAUCCUCAUCUAUACCUUUGCCGGCAUUCCUAUGGGCAUUGCGGCCGAUUUCUACAACAGGAAGGUCCUGCUGACAGUGGCCUGCAUUUUCUGGUCCACCUGCCUGUUCCUCACCGGGUUCGUGAAGGAGUACUGGCAGCUGGCCGCGCUUCGCUUCGGCAUCGGGUUCGGCGAGGCGGGAUGCACUCCGUUCGCCGCAUCGCUGCUGGCCGACUACUUCGCCCCAGAGCUGCGUGGCACCGCGCUCGGCGUCUACAACUGGGGCAUCUACUUCGGCUACUCCAUGGCCUACGCCGUCGGCAACUUCAUCACGAACGCCGACAUCCUCGGCAUGGGCUGGCGAUGGUCGUACCUGCUGUCGGGGGGUCCCGGUAUCUUGCUGGGCGUGCUGAUCCUGCUGACGAUGAAGGAGCCGCCGCGGACCGGCACCAGCGCCGCCAGCAAGGCGGCCUCGGCACAGCUGACGUCGGUGCAGAAGCUGCUUGUAACGUUGCGCUUCUUCUUCCGACCAAUGGUCAUCCUGCUCUGCCUGGCUGGAGGCAUCAGAAACGCAGCCGGCUACGUCUGGUCGUACAGCACGCAGAACUACUUCGAGGGCAUCGGGCAGACGUCCACCCAGAUCGGCUCCUACAUGUCCUGGAUCCCGCUGGUGGCCGGCUCCAUCAGCGUGGUGUUCGGCGGCUUCAUCUCGGACCGGGUGGUGAGCAGGCUCGGCCCUCUCGGCCGCAUCUGGGUCAUCAUCAUCUCCCAGCUGCUGGCCACGCCGUUCGUGUUCGGCGUGCUCUUCCUGGAGCCGCCCUGGGCCUACAUCAGCCUCAUCCCCACCUACAUCAUCGGCGAGAUGUGGGUGCCGAUCACGCUGGCCAAGCUGGUGGAGAUGGCGCCGGCUGAGGUACGCACGUCCGCCGUCGCCUUCUAUUUUUUCGUCAUCACCAACAUCGGCGGCAACAUGCCGCUGCUGGUGGACCCGGUCAAGAAGGCCUUCAGCAACGCUGGCUACAACGAUGUCGACUCGCUUCGCGACACACUGUACCUUUUCUACCCUGGCGAGUACAUCUUGGGCGCGUUACUCUAUUUGCUGGCGCUGCUGGCGCUGCGCCGGGACCUGGCGCGCGCCCAGCGCGACGGCCCCCUGGUGGAGAAGAAGACAGACAGCGAUACGGUGGGCGAGACAAACGACGCCUACCUGCCAGAGACGCCCACCGAUGACCCGUGA